GGUCAGACCUGUGGGACAGCACCAGAGUCAGACAGGGAAGUCCUGCCGUGGGAGGAUGAUGAAGCUGUGACAUUGACACACACGACCCCCGGCGGCUAGUCAGGACCCAGCGUGACAUCGUCGGCAGCCGGUGACAUGGACACAGCCGACAGGAUGGUGGGCGACUCGGGGCGCCUGGACAUGGAGGACCUCGAGCUGAAAGAGGAGUGGCAGGAUGAUGGCUUCCCCAGGCCUCUACCAGAGGACGGUGGGCGUCCAGCGGCCGGAGCAGGUUCCGGUCGAGCUCCACCCACCUCUCUGGACCUUUCUGGGGAGGGUGGUGCCAGGAAGAAGCGCCUGGUUGCGCCGUCGCUCAGCUUGACGUUGAGCCGCGGAGACUCACACGACCCGAGCACUGACGGCUUCUCGGCUGCGGCUCUGUCGGCCUCACCAGAGGAAGGUCUGUCACUGGACAUCAACCUGGAGGCACUGGAGACGCCAUCGGACAGUGAGACCGAGCCGCUGCCCGAGACCACGCAUGAGCUGGAGUGGGAGGACGACUUCCCACGCAUGAGCUCCAGUACAGUAGAGGGCGCCACGGGGCGAACAGAGUACUCUGAGAUGGGCCUCGUGGAGCUGGACCAGGUGGAUGGCAAGGGGCGCAGAUGGAGGAAGUUCUGUGUGUCUGGGCUGGAGUACCAUGUGGACAUGAGCGUGCUGGAGCCGUACCUGCAGGUCCUGUCACACGGAGGUUACUAUGGAGACGAUAUGAACGCCAUCAUCCUGUUCACAAGCUGCUACCUGCCGGAGAACACGGUGGAGGACUACGACUAUGUGAUGGACAACCUCUUCAGGUACAUUGUGGGGACCCUAGACCUGAUGGUGUCAGAGAACUACCUGCUUGUCUACCUGUGCGCCAUGGCGCCCCGAAACAAGCUGCCUCCCAUUAAGUGGGUGCACCAGUGCUACGCCUCUAUUGACCGAAGGCUGAAGAAGGACCUGAAGGGGCUGCUGGUGGUCCACCCGGCCUGGUACAUCAGAGCCUUGAUCACCAUGGUCAAGCCCUUCAUCAGUGACAAAUUCAGUAGGAAGAUUCACUUCGUGCACUCGCUCCAGGAACUUUCUCAGAUGAUCCCCACAGACCGGCUGCAGAUCCCCGACGCCAUCCGCCAGUUUGAUGCAGCCAGAUGACCAAGUAUCUCUUGUGUUGACCUUUGACCUCCUGCCCGGAACCACAGACGUGAGCAGAGUGGAGACUGCUCUGUUUCAAAGUAGAAGUUCCACGGGAUGACUGUGGACCAGACCAGGGUCAGUCAAGGACCAGGUCGGCGGGGCCAGAACUUUUUGUGACGCUGUGGCAAUAUUUUGAUUUGUAAUUAUUUAUGUUUUUUAACGCCAAUUGUUAAGACCCUAAUGUGAUGCUUCACUCUUCAUCUCCUCUUCUGUGACUCCCCCAGUUGUGAUGUGAUCAACAUUGAACUAGUCAAAGAAACAUUUGAAUA